AUCAGCAUUCAGCCCAAUUCCAAACUCCACAACCGAGAAAUCACAAAGUUCAUACGGAUCGGUGAGCAACAACAAGAAGAGAAGAUGGCCGGUGCAGCGAAGGCGUCGUGGAUGGUGGUGAUGAGCGUCGGCGCCGUGGAGGCGCUCAAGGACCAGGCCGGACUCUGCUGCUGGAACUACGCGCUCAGGUCCAUCCACCGGGCCGCCAAGGCCAAGGCCAGCGUCCGCGGCCCCGUCUCAGGAGAUUUUGGUAAGAAGCAGCUUCCUGCCUCCGCGGCGGCGGUGACGGAGAGGCGGCGAGCGGAGAAAGCAGAAGAGGGGCUGAGGACGGUGAUGUACCUCAGCUGCUGGGGACCCAAUUAGUAUCUGCAAGCUUGCAAUUGGCAAUGACUAGCUACGUGUGUUUGCAAUAAGCCUGCAACAGCCAUGGCCUGAAACUGGUUCUUUCCCCAUUGUAUAUACCACGGUGAGCCUGAUGAUGAUGAAACUUUCAGUCACUUGAGUUCAUAUUACA